GCUGGGACCAAGUCAGCUACAAAAGAAGAAACCGCACAAAUCACCAAUCAGGUUACUGGACAAAUAGGAUGGAGAAGGGAAGGCAUCAAAUACAGAAGAAACGAACUUUUCCUGGAUAUCAUGGAGUCGGUGAAUCUCCUGAUGUCUCCUCAAGGCCAAGUUCUUUCUGCCCAUGUUGCUGGUCGAGUUAUCAUGAAGUCCUAUCUCAGUGGAAUGCCCGAGUGUAAAUUUGGCUUCAACGACAAAGUGAGCCUGGAGAACAAGCAACGCGCCCCGGCCGGUGACGACAGUGCGGUGAACACCAGUGGAGGCAUCGCAAUUGAUGAUUGCCAAUUUCAUCAAUGCGUUAAGCUUGGUCGUUUCGAUACGGAACACACAAUAUCGUUUGUCCCGCCAGAUGGAGAAUUCGAGUUAAUGCGUUAUCGAACAACAAAAGUGAGUAUUCGUGUUAAAAUCUCGCCUUAUUGUCCUUUCGUGAUGAAGAGAACAUGA